CUACGAUAUGCAAAUGCUGGGUGCUGGACAAUCGUCAGCUGCGAAAGAAAAAGUUGAAAAGUGCUAUUUUUGCGUUUGGCAUUGCGAUUGCCAAAAAAAGUUGAAAAUUGGUGAUUGUGCGACCAUCUGUGAUCGAGUUUGCUGUAGAGGCGACUGAUUGAAGAAAUUAAAUCUAUUUAAUAUAUAUCUAAACUAUAAGAUGUCCACUGAAGAAACUUAUGAACAGUUUGAAGAUGAAGAAGCGGAGAUUCCUAUCGGCGGAACCUUACCUGGUGGGAGAAAGCGUCUCUUCUCCAAAGAACUACGCUGUAUGAUGUAUGGUUUUGGCGAUGAUCAAAAUCCUUAUACUGAAAGUGUGGAUUUGUUGGAGGAUUUAGUUAUCGAAUUUAUAACAGAGAUGACACAUCGAGCCAUGGAAAUAGGGCGCACUGGGCGAGUUCAAGUAGAAGAUAUUGUGUUUUUAGUAAGAAAAGACCCCAGAAAAUAUGCCAGAGUAAAAGAUCUUCUAACAAUGAACGAAGAACUUAAGAAAGCAAGAAAAGCUUUUGACGAGGUUAAAUACGCAGGUACUGUCAAAGAUUAGACAAUUAUAAUGUUACAUUAUUGAAUGUAAAACAUUUAGAGACUUAAAGAUAAAUCUACUUGAAUUAUAUUUAUAUAACUAUUUAAAUAAUUCAAGUCAGCAUGAUCAACUUGCAAGUAAUAUUAAUAUAGUUUGAUGUAUAUAAUUGAUUGCAUAUAUUGAUUAAGAUAAAAAUAAUGUUUUUAGUUAGUUAAAUUUAUUACUGAGCAAAUGUUGCUUUACUUUGCAAUAAUAUUAUGCUUGCAAGUAAAAAUUUAUUUACUCUUUUGAUCUGGAUAUUUGAUAAAGAUCUUUUUAUAUUUUUAAAUACAAAGAAGUACACAAAUUUGCAGUAAAUUUGUUUUCAAUAAAUAUAUAAAAUGUUAAGUUUGAUAUAUAAUUUUGCACUCUAUUACAAAAUAUAUUAUUUAAUAAGAAUAUCACAUGUGACAUUUUGCAGAAAAAAAAAAAUAUAUAUAUAUAUAUAUAUGGAGAACUAAAAGAAAACAAAUUUUUCUGAUUAGCUCUUAGUAGAUCUUUAUAUACAUACAUACAUACAUACAUAU